AUGCGGUGUCUGUUAUUGGCGGUGAUUGCCAUUGUCUUAGGGCUGUCAAAAGCUCAAGAGACGGUGAUAUUUGAUUUGACUCUGUCGAUCGAUGAUGAUGAGUGUGCUGUUGAUCUUUCCCAAAAAUCCACUCCUUCUGUGAUUCUUAGUCAGGGUACUUCUACGGAUAAGACGCUCAAGACUGAAGACUUUGAUGUCGAAGUGGAUGCGAAGAAAAUCAAAUUCAUUGCACAAAAGGAGAUUCGUUUCGAUGCCACGCCAGUGAAUUUCGAAGCCAGCUGGAAAAUUGACAACACCACCAAAGAGUGCGAAGCUACCUCCAUUUUGAUAUUCCAGAGCGAUUCAUCUUUCAAUGUUUCAUUUUCAACAAACAUUGCGCCAAUGGGUUCCACAACGCCCACUACAACAACUACUCCAACAACUGCUACAACAACUAAUGCACUAUCAACUUCAAUAAUUAUUACAACACCUGGAACAACUACGCCGACAACAACUGCAACAACUACGCCGACAACAACUAUCUCAAGCACCCCAGCCACUCUAAAAAAUCCACUAGCUGUCCGCUAUGCUUUUUUCCCAAAAGCACCCGACGCGAAGAAAGAUGAGAAAAAGUGUGAUUCGCAUGCAGGAGCGGUGGCUUUUGCGGUUAUUGAGGCUCUGAUCAUCGUCGGUUUGGUGGCUUUUCUGGUGUUCAAGUUUUGCAUUCAACCGAGAAGGAACUUUGGUGGAAGUUAUCCAUCGUCCGCUUACUACGACAACACAACGGGUCGAGGAGACAAUAUCGAUAGCUAUAGACGCCCACGCACUCAAGAUAUUGGAAUGGAAUCUUAUUCAUAUGCGAUAAACAAUGGAAAUUCAAAUCCAGUGAGUCGCCCCGUCAACACCCCAGCAACCACAACAACAAGCCCAGAAAAUCGAGUAGCGCUUCCAGUGAUGACAAUGUCUUCAAACAAUCCUCCCCCACUCAGUUCAACCACUCCCGCUCUUGUCCCCAUUGACAUCUCCUCUCCAAACAAUCGACCAAAUCAAAACCAAAACCAAAAUCAAAAUCAUUUAGAUUUAUCCCUAGCUUGGAAUGAUCCUUUUCAA